GCAACAUUGAUAAUAACAUUUCUUUUUUUUUUGUUUAUGACGUUUAAUAAUAAUUACAAAAAAUAUAGAAAAAGUAUAAUUACGUGAUGAUUUACUUUCAUAAUAUGUGAUGUGUUAAAAACUAUUUGUUAAUUAUUGAAACUGUAUCUUAGGUUAAAAUUGUUUUAACGAUUUCAAAAUGGGAAAAAACAAAAUGAUAGCGAAGAGCUGUCCGAAAUGCGAAUUACAGGUAGCUGUUGCGUCGAAGUCGUGUAAAUGCGGCCACACGUUCUUCGCAGCGAGGCGCGCAGCCGACACUCUGCCAGCUGUUGAAGAUAUCAAACGCAGAACCGGUAGAGUGAGGCGUUCGCAGCCACAGUUUUACGACGCGCAGCACUAUCAGAAACAGAAGAGAAAGUCACCGAAGAAGAGGAUAAUAUCAAAAACGUACAGCGAUGAAGAUUACAAGGGGAAGGGAAAAAUCGAAAGUGGUAUGUUUAUUUCAACAGCGCGGGCCAGACGUCGUCGUGCCCUCCGUAGAGCCCAGAGGGAGCCCCCCCAGGUCGACAGAACGAGGGAUCCGACCCCGCAGCUCAGGCCGGCACAGCUAGCUCGGUGUAGAUUGAUCUUAUCUGAGAUUAAUAGGAAAAUGCGCGCUGUUACGUGGCAACCGCCAACGGACGGUUAAAAAUGUAAAUUUUAUUAUGAUAUUUUAAUAUUAAAUUAAUUAUAAAUAAAUCUAUAUUGUAUAAAGUUACAUAAUAUGAAGAAAUAAAAUCGAUUAUUUCUAUAUAUCGAUUUCAUUUUUAUCGAUUUUGUAUAAAUAUAUAAAUAUUUUAUUUGAAAGUGUUUUUUAAAAAAAAAAAUCUGUUAUAAACAACAAUAAGUCUAAGUAAUCUGUAUUAUUUUAUAUAAAUUGAAUCAAUUAUUUACCAUUUCGUAAAUACAGACAGACAGUCGAUUCCAAUGGGAAGACCAGUAAAGAAAAACAAACCACUUUGAUCUAGACAUGCCAUCAGUGGAGCUCAAAUUAACUAUCCUAUUCAUUGUGCAUUUUUUUUAUAUAACCUGGUUUAUGGGCCCAUAUGUCCCCACUCCACCUGAUGCUAAGUGGUAGAGGAGUUCAAACGCAAAACGUCAGUGUCGAAGUGAUAACUUAAACUAAGUUGAACUAUUUAAUAUUGAAAUUUGACAAAAGCUUAAGUUGUUACUUAAAUUUUAUUUAUGUAUAUUAAUAUGGUGCUUACCGCUGCCGUUUGCGCAAAAUAAAGGGAAGCCUGUCUAGACAGGCGCCGUAACGCGUUACGUAACGAAGCGGUUUACCCAUCCCAUUAGAAGUUAUCGCUUCAAAAAUUAAGGUAUUUGGAAGUGAAAUGAAAGUACUGCCGAAGUUCUUAUGCCAAGUGGUUAAGUGGAAUAGAAUUGUAUUAUAUAAAGAUAUAUUAAUCGAGAACUGUUUAUAGUGUACAAUAUACCAGAGAUAUAGGCAAGUCGCACGGAAUAUGUAAAUCUAAGGUUUGUUUAUCUUUCCUCCUCUUGAUAUUGGAAUAGUCUUGUGAUUUAUCGACAAUCACAGAUAAUAAAAAUUGAACGAAUAAAUGUAUUAAAAUAAAAAACGGAAAAGUAUCGAGAACGAAUUUAUUAUAUGUAAUUAGUUAUUAUAAUUAAUUUUAAAUUUACGAUCUCGUUUAUAAGUUUAAUUUUUAAUGUUUAAUGAAAUAUUUUUUUAGUCUGUCAACAUUAAAUUUAUU